AUGCGGAGAUCUGCAGCACCAAGUCGUACUAGUCAGUCUCAAGAUCUGUCGAUAAAUUCCAACCCCGUGAAGACGUCUGAGUACAAGUCAGUUUCACACUGUUCCUCAAGUCCUAAAAUGAACAAUACGCCUACAAAUUUUAAUUUAUCUCAUGCUACGAAAUGUUCCAGGUAUUUCGAGGCUGUAUAUGCUAAAGCAUCGACUAAAAAGCAUAAAAAAUGGGAAGGGGAUGGUUUUGUAGAGGUCGAAGGUCGUAUCAUGAAGCUUAUCAAUGAGGAUUUGAAAGUAAUAGCAUCUGCUUCUGGUCAUAAAUUAGCAUUUUUAAAUGAAAUUGAUAUUGGUUCGGUUGUUCAUAUUGGGCCUUAUGAAGCAGAGCUUAUUUCACUGAUAGAGAAGCCACAGUUAGUUAAUCUUUCCUCAAAAUCAAAUGAUGGUACUGAGGCGUUACAUGCACCGGCGAAAAUUUCGACAAGAAAACCAAGCACAAAUCCCAGUUUCUCACCAAAGACGAAUUCCAAAUCAAAACUGAAUGAGUCCUGGGGUUCUUCAAACCAUCUGGUUAUGCCCAAGCCUCCUGCUAAUUGCAUUUGGUCUCAGAAUCCCGACAACCUUCCUAUUGUGGAUGUAGUUUUAGAGUCGAAGUUUGCUUCACGUCUACAGCCACAUCAAUGUGAAGGUAUUAUUUUCUUGUAUAAAUGUUUAAUGGGGUUUCAACCGUAUGUUGCUUUAAAUGAAUCUGAUGCACAAAUUACUUAUGGAUGUAUUUUAGCGGAUGAAAUGGGUCUUGGUAAGACAGUUCAAGCUAUUGCUACCAUUUGGUUAUUAAUUAGACAAGGACCGUACGGAGGUAGACCGGUUAUUCAACGUUGCCUUAUUGUAACUCCUGGUACACUUGUUCAGAAUUGGCAAAUGGAAUUCUCCAAAUGGUUAGGUCGUGAACAGUUACCCGUGUAUUGUGUAGAUCAAAAUCAUUCUGUUAAAAACUACCUAACAAUGUCCAGUGAUUCACCGCAGGUUAUUCUUAUGUCGUAUGAAAUGUUUCUACAGCAUACUAGUGAAAUCUAUGAAAUUUCCGACUUGGAUAUGGUUGUAUGUGACGAAGGGCAUAGAUUAAAAAAUUCCAAUAUCAAUACAACUAUGGCACUUUGUCGACUACGUGCACGUAGACGUUUACUAUUAACGGGGACUCCAUUACAAAAUCAUUUGAAUGAAUUAUGGUCAUUGGCUAAUUUCUGUGUACCAGGACGUUUAACUUCAAGUUUAGAAGAGUUUCGUCGACAAUUUGUUAUACCACUAUUAAAUGGUCGUAACUUAGUACAAAAUGUUAAAAACAAUCUUUACAAUGAUGAUUAUUGUGAUUCUUGGAGUUAUACAAACUAUGAGAAGAAUCGUGAUGAUUUAGAAAGUCCAUCAGCCAAAUUAUUCCGACUAUUGAACAGUUUCUUUUUAAGACGCACAUGUGAUGUCAUUGCACCAAAACUAACUGAUAAAACUGAACAUAUUUUGUUUUGUCGUCCGAGUAAACUGCAAACCGAUUUGGAAGCUAUACUUACACAGUGGAUGAAUAAUGAAUUUAAUUUAAGUCGAUGUGAAUCUCUUAAAUUAUUCUCACACGAUGAUGAUUAUGAAGAUUUUGUUGAAUCUGUGGAAAGCGUAUCGUCAUCACGUUCAAAGCAGCAUAAUUCCAUUUUAUCAGUUAUAACAGCAUUUCGAAAACUUCACAAUCAUCCAUAUCUAUUAAGAAAUUAUUUAAUACAGUCGAAUUCUACACAAAAUCAGGCAGCUGAUCGUCUACCUACAAAACUGACUGCAGAUUUGCUCCAUUUAUUGAAUUCUGAACAUUCAAUAGUUGCACAAGAUCUCUGUUUUACAAAUCUGACUGAGUUUAUUCAAUUAUCUGGAAAGUUCCAUGUUCUUUAUAUCAUGCUGAAACGACUGUUUGACAAACAACUGUCAUCUUCGUCCACAGUGAAUUUCCAGAAAAAAUCACGACUAUCUAACAGUAAUAGUACAAAUAGUUUACAUAUUAAUGAUCGUCUUGUAUUAGUUUCCAAUUUUACUCAGACACUUAAUCUUUUGGAGAAAUUAUGUAAUCUAGUCACUGGACAACCAUCUCUUCGAUUAGAUGGUCAGACAACGAAUAAACAACGCGCUGAAGUUGUUCAGAGAAUCAAUGAUCCAACGUCUCAUGAUCGUAUAUUACUGCUUAGUUCACGUGCUGGUGGAGUAGGUUUAAAUUUAAUUGGUGCCAAUUACUUAAUUUUGUUCGAUAUGGAUUGGAAUCCAGCAAACGAUGCACAAGCUAUGGCUCGUAUUUGGCGUCCGGGACAGUCUAGAUCGGUUAAUUUAUACCGGUUAGUAACAGCUGGUGGUAUGGAAGAACGUAUAUUUCAACGACAAGCAGCUAAAUUAGCUUUAACCAGUCAAACAUUAGUCAAUACAUCAAUGUAUAAUGAAAAUCUUUUGGAAUUUAUUGAGACAAAAAAGAAACCUGAUAAAAAUCUUGGAAUUCUUACUCGUGAUGAAUUGAAAGAAUUAUUUCUCCUUCCCAAUACAUCAACAGGGUCAUGGACUCAUGAACUUAUUCAGUGUAAUUGUAAUCAAUCUCUAGAAAAGAAAUCUUUCACCCCAAGUCCUUCUCUUUCAUCAUUAUCAGACAUUGAAAACUGUGAUUCUGCCGAUGAAAUUGUAGUGAAGACCCUUAUAGAUUAUUCUCAUGAACUUGACAAUGAAGAGAACCGGAAAGAAGAAAUCGAGUCAUCAAAGCACACUACUUGUAUUACCAAUGAUGAGAAUGAAGAUGAUGAAUAUUCCAAUAUUAGAAUAUUUCAAUUAGGUUCUACAAAUCCACUUAUUACUGACAGCUUGAAAUCACCCAAAUCCCAAUUCACCUAUUUGAAACAGCAGUCAGCUUCAAUGUCAACGACAACUCCCAAGUUACCAUCGUCUGAUUCACUUGGAUUUCUAUUGAAUUGGAAACAUUCUUUUUCAUCUGAACAAAUAGAUCAGUUGAAUGAUCGACUUUUAAUAACACAUCAAUCGGACCCUAUGAAAUCUUUAAUAAACUGUGUAUUUACACUAAAUUCAAAAGCAUCUUAA